AUGCCUCUCUGGGAGAUAUAUCACCCUCAAGCCAUGUUCCAGGACGUCUCUACGAAAGCUGCCUUGGUCAAAGACAUCGUCUCAAUGUACACGUCAAUCGGGCUCCCAGCCUUCUACGUAGUAACGCAAUUCAAACCUCUGGCUAUGGACGACUACUGGCAAGGCGAGGAUCGGGUCGCUGAUGGCAGCCAAGAAAAACGCCAUUUCGUCCGCUUUGUCAUCACCCAUAUCGCUGUUCGUUUACCCGACCAGGAUGAGGUAUAUCGCAAAGUCACGAGCAAAAUAGAUGCCAUUAUCAGUCCAUACAUGAAAGAGAAUGUGGAUUGGGAGUAUCAUGUUGCAGAGACUGAACGUAGACUUUGGAAGGUCAACGGUAUGGUGCCGCCUCAGCAUGAGUCUGAGCAGGAGAAAGUCUGGGCGAAGGAAAACCGGGCUGUACCUUAUGAUGGAGCCUACCCAUGA